AUGGCCCGGGGCGCGGAGCGAGGCUGCGGGGGCGCGGGCUGGGGGCUGCGCGGCGCCCUGGCCGCCCUGGCGCUGCUCUCGGCGCUCAACGCCGCGGGCACGGUGUUCGCCCUGUGCCAGUGGCGCGGGCUGAGCGCGGCGCUGCGGGCGCUGGAGGCGCAGCGGGGCCGGGAGCAGCGCGAGGAGGGCGCCCUGCGCGCCUUCCUGGAGGAGCUGAGCCGCGCGCCGCGCCGGGCGCCCCCGCCCCCGGGGGACCCCGCGGGCGCCGCGCGCAACAAGCGCAGCCACGGCGGGGAGCCCGUGCCGCCCCUCCGCGCCGAGAGCCAGGACAUGCUGAUGAUGAUGACCUACUCCAUGGUGCCGAUCCGUGUGAUGGUGGACCUGUGCAACAGCACCAAGGGCAUCUGCCUGACAGGCCCACCUGGCCCACCAGGACCGCCAGGACUCGGUGGGCUACCAGGACACAACGGGUCGGAUGGACAGCCUGGUCCCCAGGGCCCAAAGGGCGAAAAAGGAGCAAAUGGGAAAAGAGGAAAAAUUGGGCUGCCUGGAGCCACAGGAAUCCCAGGGGAAAAGGGAGACCCUGGUGAACUGGGCUUGACUGGAAAUGAGGGCCCGGCAGGGCAGAAGGGUGAAAAGGGAGAUAAAGGGGACGUGUCCAAUGACGUGCUCACUACAGGUGCCAAAGGUGACCCAGGCCCACCAGGCCCUCCUGGCCCUCCUGGGCCCCCAGGCCCUCCAGGGCCCCCGGGAAGCAGAAGAUCCAAAGGCCCGCGGCAGCCAAACAUGUUCAACGGCCAGUGCCCAGGUGAGACAUGUGCUGUCCCCAAUGACGACACCUUGGUGGGAAAAGCCGAUGAGAAAGUCAAUGAACACCAUUCCCCACAAGCGGAAUCCAUGAUCGCUUCCAUUGGAAACGCAACGCAAGUGCUGAAGGUCACGGAGACAUUUGGGACUUGGAUUCGGGAGUCUGCGAACAAGAGUGAUGAGCGGGUCUGGGUGACUGAACAUUUCUCAGGCAUCAGGGUGAAGGAGUUCAAAGACCAGCCCUCCCUGCUGAAUGGCAGUUACUCGCUCAUCCACCUCCCGUAUUAUUUCCACGGCUGUGGGCAUGCCGUUUACAACAACUCUCUCUACUACCACAAAGGAGGGUCCAACACCAUAGUGAGAUUUGAAUUUGGCAAAGAAACAUCCCGAACUCUGAAGCUUGAAAAUGCCUUGUAUUUUGAUCGAAAAUACCUCUUUGCCAAUUCCAAGACUUACUUCAAUUUAGCUGUGGAUGAGAAGGGCCUUUGGAUUAUCUAUGCUUCCAGCGUGGAUGGCUCGAGCAUCCUGGUGGCCCAGCUGGACGAGAGGACCUUCUCGGUGGUGCAGCACAUCAACACCACGUACCCCAAGUCCAAGGCCGGCAACGCCUUCAUCGCCCGGGGGAUCCUCUACGUCACCGACACCAAAGACAUGAGGAUAACGUUUGCCUUUGAUUUGUUAGCAGGGAAACAGAUCAAUGCAAACUUUGAUUUAAGAACUACUCAGUCUGUUCUUGCCAUGCUAUCAUACAAUAUGAGGGACCAGCAUUUAUAUUCGUGGGAAGAUGGCCACUUAAUGCUUUAUCCUGUGCGGUUUUUGUCCGCUGCAUUGAACCAGUGA